AUGAAUAACUUGCAGCUGCGGAAUGAAGAUUGCUUUUAUGAAUUUGAAAUAAUUCAAAGAGACAAUACUACAGAUUGUGACUCAUAUAGCAGUUCUACAGGUGAUUCAACACAACCGGAAGUAAAUAUGGACCCCGCAAGAGACAUGUGUUACAUUUGCAACAUUGAAGUCCCAGUUGUCUGCAUGAGCGAACACCUAUCAAGUUCCAAACACAAAACAUUCUUGAAAAUAGCCGAGAUAUCCUUGGAGAGAGUUAAGAAGCAAAUGUUUGUUAGCUAUAAAGCGGAAAGUCCACCUGCUGGCUUCAUAUUCUGCCAUAGCUGUGUCCACUUAGUACACCAGAGGGACAUGUCGCAACAUUUGAAUUGUAAGGCCCACAAGAAUGCAGAAUUUAUCGAUAAACUUCUGUCGGACCUGCUCAAAGUAUAUUCGGACGAAUCAGAUGGAGCUGAUGAGGCCGAAUCGGCGAAUGCGUCAUCCGUGCAGACGUCAGCGAAUAGCUUCGAAAGUUUUAACUGUGAUGAUUCGAGAGUAAUUGAAAACGCCAACACGUCCGCUAAUAUAAAGGAUACUGUCGACAACACUAAAAAGAAAGUUGAAAACGGUGAAAUUAGUACCUGUACCUGUAAUUCUAAAGUUGUUACUAAAACUGCUUCUGAGACUGGUAAAUCGAAUACGAAGAAUGGUAAAAUUGCGGAUAAUUCCAGCGGAGGGGAAGGCAAUACCGAAAUAGAAGGUAUCUACAACUUUGAUAUAAACAAUGGCAAAAAAAUGGCGAUGAAAUGUUUGCCUGUUAGGCAAGAUUUCAACAAGAAGUUAAUCAACAGCUUCGAUACCGAUUUGGCGGAUUACAUGCGUGAGCUCAACACAAAAGACUGUAACAAUUUGGAAGUCGUAGACGAUUGUGAUAUAGUGGUCAAAACUAAACUUGGUCUGCGUAUGAGAGUCAAGUUGGAGAACUUCCACGGCCUGUUUGCUUUGGGCAAGCGCCACAUGCUGUGCAGCCUGUGUAAGAAGAUCGAUAGGGAUCUGAAGAGGCACAUCCACUCUCAGGCUCAUUUGGACAAUCUAAGGCUACCGAUAGACGAGAAUUGCAUUAGAAAGUUGGACGAUGAAAAGGGCCAUUGCAUCCUGUGCAACGACGUCAUCGAGAAUCCCGACGUGCACGCGUUGUGCAGUAGAGGGCACGAGGCGCUGCUAAAGCGCUCGCUGUUGACCGAUGAAGUGGAACCAAUCGCGGAAGAAAUCACCACCAGUCAAGCAGAAGCUACUGAUCGAAGGGAGCCGUUCAGACCAGACCCAGCACAUCCCAAAAGCGAGAGAAGUAAUGAAGAAGGGCAAGUACAAACGGCGAGCGAACCCAGCGCCCGUGCCGAAAGCGAGACCACCGAGCAGCUCCUAUGCAACGUCUGCUACGUGAGUAUCGAAGACCUGCUAUCGCACGUGCAGACGCCCGAACACGAAUCGAACCUGGCGCUAGCCUCGCACCACCUGCUCGAGUAUUCGCACGCGCACAGAACGCUCAAGUGCAAGGUGUGCCAGACCGGGUUCCCGGUUGGCCACAUGCGCGAGCACGUCUCCUCGCCGUUCCACCAGAACAGCUACAAGAAGCUGCUCGUCACGAACAAGAUGACGCGCAGCAGGCGGAGCUUGUUCUGCAGCGUCUGCGUCGCGUACAUGCCGAUAGGCGAAGAGCUGUUCCACAUGUCUUCGGCCAAGCACGCCUCUCUGUCGGCGGCAUGCCGCGAGACGGCCACUGUCCCAGCGAAGCCGACGAACGAGCCGCACUUCUGCAAAAUCUGCUCCGUCCACGUGCCGGGGGACGCGAAAAACUUGAAAACGCACAACGACGGCGCCCGCCACAAGCGCAAUCUCGAACUAGCGGACGCCACCGCCAAGGACGGCGGGAGAGUGGAGCCGACAGACGGAGCACCUCCUCGACUACAGCAUCCGCACUUGAUGCGGCCGACCGCAAAACCGACGCAGGUCGAGUGCAGUGUUUGCGCGACAGUGCUACCCAACACGUCGGCCCACAUCGAGUCGCACAUAAAUCUGUACGCGCAUAAAAACAACGAGUCCACGCUGAGGACGAACACUCUGAAGCUGUACCGGAACCUGUUCUGGUGCGGGCGAUGCGACGGCCACGUGCCGGUCGGCUGCCAGUUCCAGCACAUCGAGAGCCCCCAGCACACCGAUAAUACGAUCAAGUGGAUCGUCGAAGAGUGGGUUAGUGAGGCGAAAGGUGCCUCGACGACAUCCGAGCCCGAAGAGCGGCCGGGCCCGUUGGAAAUGAACGCGCUGAAGCCAACUGACAGUGCGGGCGUGUUGGGAUGCCAGGUGUGCGGUGUCGUUGUACCGAACAGCAUGUCCACUUUGCGGAUGCACUUCGCCGGUAGGAAGCACCGCUCUAUGCUGGAGCAACUGCUCGCGAAGAACGCCUUAAAAGAAGCGAACGACAUGUUCGAUUGCUCGGCGUGCCGCCAGCGAGUGCCGAAAGAGAUACUUUUCGACCACGUCGAGAGGCCGAGCCAUGUCGCCAGUGUCGGCGUCCUCGCGGAAACGGCCGACGGUGAAAAGUCCGCCCAGAACGUCCAAAAAGGCGACGCCAAAGAGAAAUCGGAUAAGAAGGGCGAGGGGGGUGACAACAAAGCCGAGAGCGUUCCGAAGGACCAAGUCGCGAAAAAGGAAUCCGGCCAAAAGGACCAAGAGUUCUCGUGCGUCGUAUGCGAUGUUCAACUCACCGCGAGCGAAGCGAACGUGGUCGUCCACAACGAUGGCGUACGCCACAAAACCAACUUGGUGGCGAUGGUUCAGAAUAGGGUCCGCGCGGUGGACGGGGGGUGCUAUUGCGAGGCGUGCGAUAAGAGAUUCGGUCGCGCACAUCUCAAUGAGCACUUGGCUGACCCCCAACAUCUACUAAACAUGGGCAAGUCGCAGUUC